CGAUGUUAAGAUGGCAGCCUUGACGUGCACGCAGAUUCUUCUGGCAAUCGGAAUGCUUAUUUCAGGAUCUAUAAAUACCCUGUCGAAGAAAGCACAAAAUGAUUGCUCGUAAGUAUUGCGAGGGUUUUAAAUGCUUUAAAUUUUCACUAUUCAUGCUGAUCUUGCUGUUUAGGUAGAAUCUUUGUCAGAUCUGCUGUCAAAAUUAAAAGAGAAACCUUCACGUGACUAUUGAAAGUCAAUUGGAAAUUGUGCGCCACACACAUAUACAGUCAAGUAAAUAAAAGCACUGUAAAUUAAUCCUUCGAAAAAAUGGGUGCUUACCAUACCGCAGCCGGUCCCGCAGGCUUGCCAACCUCCAAAAGGUGAGACUGCUUAACCUAUAAGAGCUAGUAGGAAAAGUACCCUAAUUUCCUAUUGGAAGGGACUUUCAGUGGGGAUUAUGGGUAUUGGAAGUCACAUCACGUUAAAGCUGCAGCAGUACACAUUACGAUAAAUUUUACGAGUUAGGUUUAAUUGUGAUUUCUAUGUUUUGUUCCCAAUGGCGGCUGUCUGAGAGAAACAGCUUCACAUUAAUUAUUUGGCAGAUUUGGUGGCAGCGGCAAGUCACAGUAGGCUAGAAGACUGUAAUCUAACGCGACCACGAAGCGUUUUCUUUGGAUUGAGCUGGCUAUCUUUUGAUAUCUAACUUGGAAACGAACCCUACGACUCCAAAAUUUUUUGGAGUUAGAUUUUCCGAGAAAGGGUGAGAAAUCAGUUCCCAACUCGUGAGAGUGUGAGAUAGGUCAUGAAAUUGUGAUACUCGUGACAGAGUUUUAAGACUUGGCAAGUCUGGUCCCGUCAUAUCCCACUGGUCCAUUUAUGCUUGCUCACAGUACUAGUAGGCCAAGGUUGCUGCCUAAUGGGUGCCCGGUCACCACAGGCUCCUACGAUGUCCUGGCGAGCAACUAGAACUUUAAACAAGGAGCCCACACGGGUGCCUAAAACUUAUGAUUCUUAUGGCAAUAGUCUUUAUGCCUACUUCCAAUGAAGGAACGACAGAAUUCCUUGCUCACUUUGCGCUUUUGAGAUGAAAACGUACAAUGUAUGUUUGUCGACCGUAGGCAAAAAAUUUCCUCUGCUGAAGAUAAACAAACAAAUUUGGAACUCAAACAAAUCGAGUUUUCAGUGUCUACUUACUUAUUUAAGUCUAUCUAUCAAUAGGCUCCUAGAAAUGUCGCUCAGGCUCCAAACUUUUUAUUUUAAUAGGAGCCUGAAGGGCUCCCAAAAAAUUUUCUUAGGCAGCAGUCUUUUAGGACUGCAGUGAAUGAGGUGUUUGUUAGGGCGGGUGAAAGCUGCUUGUUUGGAUGCUUGUUUAUAUCGUCAUAUUGCUGUAGAUUUUUUGACAGAGGAAUAUGGGGGUUCCAAAAAAUAGAUAGUAGUAAUAGUAACUCCUAAUUUCAACAUAUAUAGCUCUAACGUACACAAGCAAAAACAUUUGCCCACCCAAAGAAAACACCUGCAGACUGGAGGCUUGGUAGUGGGGGGGGGGAGGUUAUGAAGCACAACCAAAUUAAGUGCAACAAAACUUUUUUUUCUUGCUGGAGAUUUUUAGGGCUUGGAAAUUUGGCAUGGGUUUUUUUGGUUGUUAAUUUUUGGUUCACGAAAAGUUGCAGGGUUUUGAUUUUGUCUCCAUUUAAUCAACCCUGUCAUUUGAAAUCAGAGUACCCCCCUGGGACUGCAGGGUAGCUCACAACGAUGUCUCAUUUUUAUAUUUCCCUGUCUCCCCCCUCUGCCACCAAAAAGAAAGAAAAAGGCUGGAAUAUGAACACUCAAUUUCUUGCUGGCACCCUUUGCAAAAGGUUCAUUAUCCACCAUCCUUGGGAGUAUGUAGAUAACAAAAAAAAGGAAAAAAGAAAGGAGAAAUAAAAAUGGAACUUUGCACUGGCUUUGAUUGCUUAACUCUAUAGCACAUUUUUAAACUUUUUUUUAGUGAUUGCCUGAUUAUAAACAUGUUCAUUUGGUUCUGCUGCUUGGGUUUCUAGAGGUCUAUUUUUUACGACUGUAUAUAGAAUAUAAUAUCUCUUUGUGGACCUCAGGUGGAAAGGCUCUAGUUGAUUAUUGUAUCAGUAAUAAUUAAUUAUUUUAAUUUAAUUUUAAAUUAUAUCUUUAGAUCAAAGGGACUAAAGGAUGAGCAUGGAAAUGAGGUUCACAAAUUUGAUCAUCCUUGGUUUCAAACUGGAUUGAUGUUCAUUGGUAAGAAUGGACUUGAUAGGGUUAGAACUUCUGACUUGUGCAGCUGUUCCAAGAAGUGCAAGCUGUUUCAUAUUAAACCCCACGUCUAGGUGUCCAAGUUUCCUCCGUCAGUAUUCUUACGAACCCAAGAGACACGCUUAAUGUAAUGGAUUAAUAGUUCACAUGACAUUUUAAAGGUUACACCCUUUGAUAAGCCUUAGAUUAAUAUUAUUACUUUAAUCUAGAUCAUCAUUAUCAUUAUUUUUAUCUAUAUUUUCCUGACUAUUAUUUAUAACCUGUAAUAUUAUUUGUUUUCAUUUGCUUUCAUUUUAGGUGAUAAUAAUGAUUAUAUAAUUUUAUUAUAUAGACAUGAGUGUUUUAUUGGAAAAUAUACCACUCGUAAAAUUCAUAAAAACUACGUCCGGGACCCGAGUGGUUUAUUUUCCAUAAUCUCACACGUGAGUUUAUCGAUGACGUAAUUUCAGUAAUUUCCCUUUAUUAUUUUGUCGAUGUCUCGUUGUCUAUAUAAUAAAAAGAACAUUACACGGCGACUUGAAGAUAUGAAUUUUAUUUUCUCGUGGCAAAAACAAUAUUUUACUCACUUGCUGCUCUCGUUCGUAAAAUAUUGUUCUGCCACUUGAAAAUAAAAUUCAUAUCUUCGCGCCACUGUGUAAUAUCCUCUCUAUAUAUUAAUUUUAUAUAGAAUUAUAUUGAUAAUUUAUUGUUAUAGCUAAUACUUCUACCUCUUCUUUUUUUGUUUUUAGGUGAAACAAUGUGUUUGAUUGGCUUGUUUUUUCAAAGAAGAAGAGAGAGAAAGAAGUUACAGCAGGUUUGAAAAGUUAUUUUCAUGAAUAAACUUGGAUCACACAUCUCUAUUAUUACAAUUUUUUUGGAUUUAUUGUUAUUUUCAUUUAUAUAUAUUUAGAAACAAUUGAUCUUUAUUAUCAUGACUCUGAAAAUGUAAUGAAGUGUUCAGAUUAGAUCUCUGGAGGCCUACAAGAGAAUAUUCAUAACUUUUUCUUGUUAUGUCAUAUGGAUAAUAAAUAUUAUUUAGAGUUGAGAAAAAAUAAAUGUUUUUCACUCUACUUAUGUCACUUAAAAGAGUCCACUAAAUAUGGCUUUUCUUUAUAAUUACAACUUAAAAACUGCAAAAUAAUAUAGUAAUAUAGAUUUAGCUAAGGCUAAAAGUGAAGAAACGAAAAAUUUAAAACGAAUUUAAGCUUCAACAAAAGCGAAUCAAGAAAGAGCCUCAAAAAGCGAGACUUUCUCUUGUUAUCCUUACUUUUUACUGGAAACCACCAGGAGACCAAAUUGCCCCUGGAGGGUAUCCAAAGGAGUGAUAAAGCAAUUAAAAAGCAAAGCUUCAGAAAUUUAUUUCCGAAAAUUUUGUCUUAAGUCAAAAACAAGGAAACCUUAAUCUAGAUUUCUACUUCUGCAACUCCAUUGGUUGCACCUAAAAUGGUUAAUCUUGCACCAAAAACGAAAAAUGCAACGUACAUGUGUCUGGGACUCUCUUCGCUACCCUACUGUUACGCUGAUGUUUUUUCUGGCAUCGAUAGGUCUGGUCCAUUCUCUAUUAGGUAUGGGGCUCUGCCACGUGCACAGACACUCUGCUUUAAAGUAGAGAAUUCAUUGAUGGUUAUGUUGGCUUUGUCCACUAAAAAAUGGAGUCUGCGUAGGUUAUUCUUUACUACCGCAAUAGAUUACCACCCGGAGUUAUAGUUUUGAUCUAAGUUAAGCAAUGUUACAUUUUUUGUUGAGCAUCGCUUGAUCAUUUUGUACACUCAUAAAAAUAUUGACGAUUUAUAUCUAUUUUCUAUAGAGCUUUAUGGAGAGUAUCAAUGAUGAAGGGGAUGCAGGCCCUGAACAACAACUUAUAAGUCAGCAACCUAGGUAUUCAUUAAAUGUAGUGUUCUAAUGUUAUUAAUAGACCAGCGAGUAGUCUGUCUUUUUCCUCAAAAAUCUGUGAGCAAGUGUGACAUGUGGGUGUCAGAAUGGUGAAACUGUGAUGACACACUCGCAUAUUUGCUUGCUUAAAAGUGCUUUCAAGCAAAAGGGAGGCUGCCUACAGUUUAUAUGAUAAUAUACCCACACCCUCUGCCAAGGAGAAGUUUGACGCCAUGCAUGUUACCAUGGUAAUAAUAUUUCUUGAUCUCAACAAUAUUGUCUUUUUCAGAGAUGGUUAUUUGUAUUGUUAAACAAUGGAAGAAAAGUAUUGGCUACGUACUGUUUUGUUCCUGAGUGCAAUCAUGCACAAGAAAUGCAAUUAUGCACAGGAAAGUCGGACAUUUCAAUUUUUAUAUCUACAAGUCAUGCAUGGUUAAGUUUUUGCAAUGGGCAGGUUUUGCUGGUCAGAAAAGGAAACAAACAAACAAACAUAAUAAGCAAACACAUUGUAGUCUGUAAAAUUGUUCCUGUGAUGCAUUAAGAAUAUACAUGUACUUUUUUUUAUCCUCUCAUUGCCAGAGUAUUUCAGUGGAUUUUUGCCUUCCCUACAGUAUGUGAUUUGUUUGGGACUACAUUGGCAGGCAAGAAGCAAAGUUAUUGCCAUUAAUUAACUAAUUUAUUUGUUUCUUGCAAUAGUGCUGCAGAGAGUAACUUUUUAUAGAACUGAAACUCAGAUGAACAAAUUGAAAUUAGCAUUUAUUAGCAAAUUUCUCACUUUUUACAGAAACGACAAGUCACACAAAGGUUGCAAAUUAGUCAGUGACUCUUUUUUUUUUAAUUUUGGUAAUACACUUACGUUUGUGUAUGAUAGAUUUUUUUAUCUUACCUUACAUGUAGUUCGUUAUUGAUUGUAAAGCCACACAUGUUGUGACUAAUUUCUUAACAUUCAAAGACUUCUGUCUAUCUGUUGUUGCACUAUUAGUAUAAAAAGUCUUAUUAAUAAAAACGUGUACAAUAAUAAUUAUUGUUGAUUUUUAACAGGAAUUGGCCUUCUUUAUGUCAAUGCAUCUGUUUGGCAGAUGUUAAGAGGUUCAAUCAUUAUAUUCACUGGAGUGCUGUCAGUAAGUACAAGAUGUGUGUUUAGACUUUAGUCUGCAUACCUAUGCACUGUGCUUAGCUAGUGACAGGAUUGUUGUAUGUGGGGUACUUUCUUGGCGGCGGAGCUGUGAAGGAUUCUUGCAGGUGGUGAAAUUUGCCUUGCUCCCAAUUUUCCUCACAACUCUGCUAUGUUUGCUAUCCUGAGACGUGCAGAGCUGUGUGCAAGAUUUCUUAAUACAAAUUAUUGAUCUGUAGAUUCACGGAAUACUUAAUGUAAUUAUGACCCUUUCUUUCCCUUUUGGAGAGGGUGGGGGGGGGGGGGGGUUGCAGGUAGCCUGAAGUACAUGUGUUGACGGUAACCCAUCUGGUCUUUAAUUAGUGAUAAUUUGAAAACAAAAACGUCCUACCCUUUCCACAAAAAAGACUCAAGAAAAUGGUGUCAUAAACCUGUACCCCUCCCCAUAAUGACUUCCCUGUUAAAGUGGUUGGUUUAAGAAGAUUUAACUGUCCUCAUUCAGCUUCCCUUCGGUAGCAAAGUUGAGUGAAAUUUAAUUUGUCUUUGCUGUACUCAAGAAAAUCUUUUUGAAGAGAAAGCUGUGGCCAAUUCAUUGGAUUGGAAUGUUUGUUACCAUGGUAAGGACUUUGUAUAUCUUGUAUCAUAUUUGGUGGCCGUAAGUUAUGGCUCUACGAAUGCAUGCCUCGUUACAAAAGUAUCCCUAAGGUUAACAAUGACAUGAAUCAAUUAAGUCAACCUGGGAAAAAUAAUGUUAAAAUACCGUAAACUGCCGCUUAUAAUAAGCUCCCCCACCACCUCACUUAUACCCGUUGGGGGGUAUGGUACUCCAGAUUUCAAGUGACGGGGAUGAUCGAAUGGGGGCAAAAAUCAAAACCCAAAAAAAUUCCCUAGGGCUUCCAGCAAAACUUUACAUGGUUUUCCUCCUGCUUCUCUGGCCUCCUUUUUCACCCUGCCUGGGUCAGAUGAUAAAGUUGUCCUUGACCGCCUUUAAAACUGAUGAUGUCAAAAGUGGUAGAAGGGACGUGGAUCUGCACAGGCGAUUACGGGAGGUUCACGAGCGAAUGAGUUAGAAGUGGUAGUUUAGUCUGUUGUCUUUCCAACUGAACAUUGUUGUAAAUAAUUUGACUUUUUAGAUUGGUUUAGUUCUUGUUGGAUUGUCAAGUGUUCUCAGGGAUAACCACCGAGGAGCCACGAAAGGGCACGUUAUUUUAGGUACCACUUGGAAAUUUUACCGCCUGCACAAGUGCAGUGAGCUUCUUUAAAUAAGCAGUGUGCAGUAGUUGUAUUAUAUACAUGUGUCCAUGGAGUUCAUCUUGUCUAGUUUUAUACCUUAUCCAUACAUAGUCUAGGUACAGGUAUUUCCAUUCGAUUCGCGUUCCACUUCGUCAUAAUUGUUUUGCUCUUUAGUUCAUCAUAUAGUGCCUGUUUAUACGUUUCGCCGUAAAAUAUCGCGGGUACCAUUACUACUUGCGCGGUCUCAAUGCCUUCCGACUACGGUCUUUUGACUUUCUGAGUGAAGUGUUAGCUUAUUGUUUCGACGAUAGCAACCAUCAAAAUACACUGUAUUACUGUCUGCUACUGCUCUCGUAUUGCCUUCUGUUUAAGGUAAUCAUUUCGAAUGAUCAUUUUGCAGGUAUUGUUCUUAUUUUGGCUGGUCAGUGUGUCAGUGCGAUACAGAUGAUAGUAGAAGAAUCAUUCUUGAAGAAAAAGAACUUCCAUCCUUUACAAGUAAGUUCAUUGCUUGAUAAAAAGAUUAAAAUCGUGUAUUUCAUUGAUGAUUUUCAUGUCAUUUUUGUUUUUCUGUUUUCGUUUUUUGUUUUUUGUUUUUUUGUUUUUUUUUUUGUUUGUUUGUUUUUGUUUUUUUUUUUUUGGGGGGGGGGGCGGGCUCUCUCUGGUUUACUCUAGGUGUAUUACAGUUUGUUACUUGGUUUUCAUCCAAACCUUAUCGUGAUGCCUAGUAUUUGCUGUAGAGCAAUGGGCAGCAUUUUCCUUUUCUUUGUACAUGCCAUGUAAGGUGAAUACAGAAUAUCCUAGGUAUAGCAGGCCAAUGAAAGAAAAGAAGUACAGUUGAACCUCUCCACAAAGGCCACCUUGGGGACAGAAGAAAGUGGCCUUUGUAGAGAGUUUUAAGCAAGAGUCAACGUAUAGACAGUCCGCUAAAAUAGUGGCUCUUGUAGAGAGGUAGCCGUUUGUGGAGGUUCGACUGUAUAGGACGCUUUCAACAGAGUGACAGAAAGAGCAUGGUUUGUGGUAAGGGACCGAGACACGCACGGGUGACGUAGUAUUGAGGGCGCUGAAAUGAAUUCUUUUUAUUCUGACGUUCUGAAGUUAAAUUAACAACUAGCGAAAGCAAGCAGUAUUUUGAUAAGUACUGCUACAGCUUGUUUUGAAGCACUUUUUCUAUACUGGCUAUUAAGCCCUUCUGGUGUAAGCCCCUCCGUUUAAAAGCCCUCUUAAAACCCCUUCCAAAGAUGCGUAAGUUCAUGGAUUAUAAGCAGGAGUUUACUGUAUUCUAUCCAGAGUGGAAGUCCAAUUAGAACCACACUUUUGGACGAGCUACUAAAUUAUUACCUUUACCUAUUUAUUACUUUCUUACUUUAAUUUAUUUGUUUAUUUACUUAGUCGUUUCAUUUAUUUGUUUAUUCAUUUGUUUAUUUUGAGUUUUAAUUAUUUCUUUGUUUUAUUGUACCAAUAUCGACUGAUAAUGUCUCCGCAGGUCGUUGGAAUGGAAGGCCUCUUUGGAAUAACUUUUAUGUGUGCAGUAAGUACCUGCAUGGUGCCGUUGUACCUGUCUAGUGUCUUGUCUGUGCAACUCCUUUUUACUGCAGUGAUGUUCUCUUUGAAUUUUCAGUAUAAUCUUCGGUUACGUGAUUGUUUUGUUAUAGAUAGUCCUUCCUGUUUUGUAUUACAUCCCUGGAGAUCAGAAUCACCAUAGUUACGAGAACAGUCUGGAUGCCUUGGUAAUGAUCAAGAACGACACCAAUUUGCUCAUAAUGACACGUAAGAAAUUAGCCAACUUUGUACAUGGGAUAAUGUUGACAAUAUUGUCCCUUUAAUCUGACGAUCGAAUGGACCAUUUUCGAGUUCCAAAAAACCCUCAGGCUUAGGCUAAGUGCAAAACCUUUCUUGUGAUAAUGAAUUAUAUUUACAUGAGAAUAACUAAAUCAUUUGUUCAUAUCAAUAGCUUUACUCGUAGCCUCGCUUUGAAACAAAGGCUUGCUGCAACUCGGAAAUGGCCUAAUAUAAUGUGUACGUUGUGUAGAUAGAUACCGCUGCAAAAGGACAUGUAGCCCAAUUAGAAAUGCACAGAAAUGGGAAAUGGCGGAGAAAUCAUACACGUAUAUAUUGACAUCUUUUACUUCAGUUGAAAGAUCGUUUUUCGUGCAUACAUUCGUGCAGCACAUCUUACAAAUGGUCGGAAAAGUACGUCAAACGUUUGUUGGAUGGAAACAAUAUCUUACCUUCUCAAUGUAGGUAAGAUGGGUAGUGAACAUGUAUACUGCACUCAAUAUCCAAUGCAUUAUCGUCAAUUCUUUAGGUGUUCUUUUCAACUAUUACAAAGUAUAUUUCAAAGAAGGUUACAGUAUUAUGGCAAAAAUACUUUUUUCUUGAAUGUUUUUUUUUUCUUUUUUUGCAGUUUUACACGUCUGUUCUAUUUCCUUUUACAAUUUCUUUGGAUUAGCAGUCACCAAAUCAUUAACAGGUAAAGGCGGGAAAAACUGUUUAAUAUUCUCGUACGCAAAGGGUUUAAUCGUACUCUUUUGCGCUCCUUUCACACACUUGUGUCCUCAGAUGCCUUGUGCGUAUGUCCGCUGGCUUCCCCAAUUCUUUGCAUCCUCCUCUCUUCUUGCCCACAAAUUAUUUUGUUUUUUGUUGUUAUUCUUGUUGUCGUAUUCUUCUUGGGCUUUGCCACAAAUUUAGCAAAGGCCAAGGCUCAUUAUUCUUCAAAUGAAGAGUUUGUUUGUUUCACUAGUUGGUGUAUUGCAACGACAAAAACAAUGUUCACAAAAGUAUAAUCAUUAUAGAAUUAUUUUAGAAUUAUUACUAUGGCCCAACGGUGAUUUAAUCCACACACGUGGAGGAGAAUUGAUAUUUUGUCUCAGACUGAUUUCUUCACGAGUUAAUUAAGUGCUAUGAAAAUUGUCAAAAUAGUCCCAAACACUCAUCAGUUCAUUAAAUCCAAAAACUUUGUAAAAAAACUAGCGAUAGCGUUAGGCUAUGUUCCCAAUAUACCGACGGGAUUGCUUUUCGUGUCGAUACGAUCGUAAAGCUAUCCUCCUUAUUCACUUCCUCUACUGCCCGAGUACCUGUUUACACUAGACCAUAGUCUGGAACAGUACCUAUCCGGCGAUAAGUGACGCUCCAACUUCGAGAUCGGCGCGGUGUAGCUUCGGUUUGUCACCGAAAUCUCGCUACCACAACAUUUCUUGAGUGUGAACAGAACCCUGUACGGUAUGAUUUCGUGGCGACGCAAGAGCCAUCCGUUAUAGUGUGACCACAGCUUAGUCGACCCUAGCAAAGGCGACGUUAAUUCUCUUCUUCACUAAAAACUCUUUUAACUCUUUUAAUCGUGUUAACAUUAACUUCUGAUUAGAAAAACUAUAUUUCUUGUUUCAGCGGUGCAUCGAACAUUAAUAGACGCCCUUAGAACCAUUGUUGUGUGGCUUGUUGAUUUAUUCAUCCACUAUGUCUUUCACGAGGUAUAUUAACUUUGAAAAACAAGAGAGCUUCAGCAGCUACGAUUGUGAAAGUAGCGGAGCCGUUGGUUACUAAUAAUACUAAUUAAUACUAAUACGCAUUGUUUGAAACAUAUUGACGAUUAUUCUAAUCCUCUCAAUAACUCAAAUGUUUCCUUGGAGUUAAAUUCUCCUUGUUAAAAAAGGAAAAUAAAUUCGUUGGCGUGUGUGUUCCUCUGAUAUAGAUCUAGACUUUCCAAAAAGUCCUUCAGCCGCUUAGCGGGGAAAUAGACCGCUUCGCGGCCAAAAAAUGCUCGCUCCGCUCGCCAAGAGGUCGACUUGUAGCAAGUCUAAUAUAGAUCAGAUGUUGCAGUUUAGAAAUUCACGUUUCAGUCGUACAGGGGAAGACAGAGAAGUGCAUAAAAAGUGUCACGUGCGGACCGGAGUUGUUGUUUUCCUUCCUUAUGCCUGUUAUACUGUUUUGACGUCCUUGUCGCCUCCGCCGUCUUCGUUACUUAAGCCUAUCUUUGAAAGGUGUCCACAUUAUCGAGCCAAACAUAUGGCUACUGAAUUCUCUUUAAAACGAUAGAAAUCAAUUCAGGUUGCCCAUUUGUUGAGAGAUAUUCGUCUUACAGUGAUGUUCUUCCAGGGUGUUGAUCAUUCGUUGCGGUGCGAAGUAGUUUGACGCGAUUAAUCACUUGUAGUUUAAUAGGCAUAGAUCUUUUUUAUUCCGUUUUAGGGUUUCGGAGAAGCUUGGGACAAAAGAUAUGGCAUUUUUCAAGGUAGGGAAGAUUUCCUAGAACUGUUGGGCUAUGCAAAAAUAAUAACUAGAAUUUAAUACCAUCAACCGACGUGAUACAACUAGCUUUGACUCUGAAGAUGAGGAUGUCCAAACGCCAGUCACUGCCGACAACAACAGUCCUAUUCAGGACUUCGUUCGCCAGACAAUCAUAGUCACCAUACUUAUGAAAUGACUCAUGGGUCCAAACCUUUCACAGUUUCAUGUAAAAGGUGUUUCUUUCAAACAGGUUAAAAAAGAUUCAUGAAGGGAAAGCAAGGAAAUCAUUUAUUGUUCCUGAGAUUACCACCUCCAACGCAGGGGCGUUCCUUUGCCUUAGUUUCAUUUUCUAAAUACCUUUAAUCUAGUACUUUUUAUUUGUGACUGUAAAUACAGGAGCUGUGUAUUGUUGCCACAUUGCUUUAACGCCUUAAGCCCCUAUAUCCACUUCCAAUAACUCCAGACUGAUCUCCCUUUGGUGUAGCCCGCGAAAACAUCCGUUUCUCCUCGCUCUUCGCCGCUGCCGCGCGAGACGUCCCCAGCGCGCGGCGAAGAGCGAGGAGAAACGGAUGUUUUCGCAGGCUACCUUUGGUGAUCAUUAUGGUAAUUCUCAUAACCUUUGCUGUUGAUGAUAAAUUGAUACUGUUAAGGGAAAAUUGAUGUUGGGGUUAUUAAACGGAUUUGUGUUUUUCUGCAGUUGAUGGGUUUCUUUUCCUUUUACUUGGCACUGCUCUCUACAAUCAGCUGUUGAUAAUCCCACCUUUGAUGCCUAAACCCGACCCGCCACAACAGGUACAUUUUGUGAAUAUUCACUGUUUGUUCAGAUAAUAGAGAUCUUAAGCGCCCACGACAACGACGGUAGCAAGAACGGCAAAUUGUUGGUUUGACGACAUUUGCCAACAGAUUUCGGAAAUUCCGGGUGGCCAAUGUAUAUGAAACACGAGUAAUAAUGGUUCGUUCCAAAGAAAACUUUCCAUGAUGAGCAACGGAGCAUCUGAAAUAGUCCAACCAACAGCUCUGCACGUGCAUCAUCAAGCCUGCGAAAAAUUCAGGCUUGAACGGGAUUCGAACUCAAAACCUCUGCGAUACCAGUGAGUGCCGCUCUUACCACUGAUCUAUCAAGCUAAAUGGGAGAUGUUUGCUUUUAGAGUUCGUAAUAUACGCACCCUGCGAUAAGAGCCUCCUUUUGAAUCCUUGGUGGGGAGAAGAAAAAAAAAACAAAGCUCUGCGUAAAUCGCAUGGAGCCCUUGCAGUCGCCGAAGCCCGAACUUCUGGACUGGUCAUUCUUGUUUUCUCUCGUCAAACUGGUCAGUUCCGAGUGUGAGCAUCGGUUUAUUGAUAAACCGACGGUCGUCACUGAGCCCGCUCUACCAAGCGCAUGGGUAAUAGGGCUGGGUUCGAAACUGUAUCCAAAAACAAAGAUCUUUCCCGAGUACGCCGAAUCGAGCAAGGUGUUAAGUAUUAUAUCCGAGGAUCAGGAUGAAGAUAUGAAGGGUAGUAUACGAAAUUUCAUAUAUUUUAACUGCGGAAGAGUGACUUAACGCGUGAAAGAACAUCGAGUUUGUGUGUUUGGUUCGAUUUUGCCCUUGGUUUAGAUUUUUAUCUUCCUCUGUUCCGAACUCGAUCGUUAUCAUACAUUUUCAUAUCCCAAAUCGACGUUAGGAAAAUGAAAUUUAAACCCAGUGUAGAAUUGGACCACAAAAAAACAACUUAACCAUUACCUCCUCAAUCUCUACCCAACUUAGACGUUACCGUCAGCUACAUAAAAAAACUUAAAGAAAAAAGGUAGAAACUGAAACUUCUAAAAAUUUAAUGUAAAUACCGCUUCUUCUUCUUGAUUUACUGCUUAAAAAUAAAGACUGGUUAAAGUGUCGUGAUUUGUCUUCAGGUGGCUGCACCGGAGGAAGAAAAUGAGAAUACCACUUCAGGCUCAGCAGAACAAGAACCCUUGUUAAGAGGACGUACUGACCAAUCAGGAUCUUACAAUGGUGUAGUGUAAUCAAGUGACGUCUCAUAUAUACGAUUUUGCCUGGAGAUGGCUUUAAUGAAAAAGAGUUCUUGGGGCGUGCGUCCCGGGGUUUUUUGUUUUUGUUUUUGAAAAAAAAUAAAGAAAAACAAAAGAAAGAUAGAUAACAUUAUAUAAAAUAGGAUUUGCCUUAACAACUGACAGUUCUCAACUGCUCAAUACUGGAAAAAAGAAACCGGAAACAGCAAGCGAGCGAGAAGCGAGG